UGCCGGAACCUCGUCCUCGAGCUACUCGAUAUAUAGAUACAGAGUAAGAAGGAAUUGCACGCAGACGCAAGGCUUCCUUUUACCCUGUCUAUAGUGCUUGUGGGAUCGCAACUUCCUAUGGCCGCAGAGAUGCAGAGUGGAGAAGAAAGAGUUUCCUGCAGCAGCAUGGAGCAGUACGAGGUGAUACAAGAGAUUGGGCAGGGGACAUUCGGCACCGUUACUCUUGUGAGACACAAGCUUGAAAACAAGAUGUAUGCUCUAAAACAGACGCCGGCCAAAACUGAAGAUGAAUCGGGUCGUUAUGAGAUGAAGCUCCACUCUAGGAUAGAACAUCCGUUCAUUGUAGAGUACAAAGAUUCCUGGGUGGAAGAGGAUGGCACGGCAUGCCUACUCUUGGAUUAUUGUGAAGGAGGAGACAUGUAUAAGGCUAUAGAGAAGGCUAAUGGUGUGCUUUUCCCGGAAGAGAAGCUAUGCAAGUGGUUUGUUCAGCUUCUCAUGGCUCUUGAUUACCUGCACAGAAACUGCAUUCUUCACCAGGAUAUCAGUCCUAAAAACUUCUUCCUGGCGAAAGAUGAAGACAUUCGUCUUGGUGACUUUGGAUUUGCAGAGGAAUUGGAUUCCCCGGACGACCUUUCUGAUAAGGUUUGUGGCUGUGUAGGGUUUAUGUGCCCUGAGAUGGUUUCUUGGGUACCUCACGGUCCAGCAUCAGAUAUUUGGGCUUUAGGUUGCUCUAUGUACGAAAUGGCUUCUUUUGAGACUGCAUUUUCACUCGGAGACCCAUUAUUUGAAAACACAUUAGAAGGUCAGGAAGAGCUGAACAGGAGAAUAAAAGAAGCCCCAGUGUCUCCACUUCCAACCGAAUAUUCCGGUGCCUUUCGAAGUCUCGUCGACAGGAUGUUGGAGAAGGAUUCAGCAUUGCGGCCAACGGCAGGGGAGCUGCUGAAGGACCCGUAUCUUGAACCUAUCGUCCUCGAAGUAAAGGCGAAAAUCAAUGGCUUCCUUGGAGAUAAUAAGACACUAGUAGUAGGAAAUGCCACAGCUGGAGAGGAUGACGAUGGAAGAUUCUGCAGCAACUCUUCCUCGUCGGACGAAAAUGCGGCGACGGCUGGAGCCUCGUCUUGCCGGGAGAUUGAGGAUGCCCUGAGGUUGCUGGAGUUGAGCGCCGAGGGUGGUGGAGGACCGGAAGAAUCGAAUGAAGGACAGCAGUGCCGCCGGAAUAAGUGAUUUCUCGCCGGAGGAUUGAGACCUCUUUUGACUAUUUUGUAGUUAUUGUUAUAAUUUUGGCCGAGGUUACGUUUAUGAAUUCAGUAGGUAGAUCAUUUAUAUUUACUAUCAUAAUAAUAUAUUUUAUCAUGCAAUUAUUUCCGUAUUCCGUGACUAUUAUAUUGAGCCGGAGAUUUUAAUUCGUAUAAAAUACGGUUUUAUAAUAUUUUAUUUAAAAAGGCUUGUUUGCAU